GACAGCUUCAAAUGUGCAGUGUCCGUAACGUUUUCAUUUAAACACUUUGCAGCACUUGAAUAAUGGCAGCGGUGAAUUUACGUAAAGGUAUUUUUGUAAAACAAAUUAUUGCCGCUAGACUGCAGCGAUGCUAUGCUACUGCCAAGCAGCAAAAGACCAAUACCCUAGCCGCGGUUGGUGAAUCAAUUGCCUCGAAAGGAUUUCUGCGUCCACAUAAGCCAUAUGCACCACCCAAAGAUGCAGCGGAGCGUGUGCGUGCUAUAGCCGCCGCCUUGCAGCUAAACAAGAGUGGUGGUGACCAGCAGAAGCUCACAGAAUUGGAGGACAAGUUCAAAUUGCUGUCCGCCUGUUUUGAGGAGCUAAAGCAUGGUGUGCCUAAUUCACAAGUGCACGAGAUAAACACAAUUGCUGAUGUUGUUGCUUUCUAUGAGAAGCCAGUUGAUACCACUGUGCCGUUGGAUGCACUGAAGCGUAUUGAGUUGCCAGAGAACUUGCACAUUCAGCAUGAAUAUCUGCGCUUCCAUCCCGACACAGAUACCAAAUUCAAUGGAAAAUCAGCUUUCCCCAAGAGCUCUACGCUAGUUACUGGCCUUAAAUACCGACGCAAGUACGAAGGACAUGAGGCCAAACGCUCGUGGCCAUAAUUGUAUUUGUUAAAUUAAAGUGCUGAAUAAAUUAAUGUUUUGUUCUAUUCUAUUA